GUGAGGGAGUGAAUUUUCCUAGUAAAAAAGAAAUUGAAAUUAGAAAAGUGGAAGUAUCCUGGAAGGUAUAGAAAUGUAAAAAAUAAAUUUAGUGGUUUUCCUUUUCAGUUUCAUUUUGUGGAAAUGGCAUAUCGUGCUGCGGAUGAAAUGGCGCACAUCCACCUGUCAAACGAAAAGACGCACAUUCGUUUAUCAAAUGAAAAGGCACACAUCCGCUUAUCAAACGAAUAUUCGGAGCUGAAGAAAGAUCCAGUUCCGGGUGUGGUUGCAAAACCACUGGAUGAAAGCUUGUUGUUGUGGGGCUAUGUUAUUCGCGGUGCAAAAGAUACUCCAUUUGAUGGUGGUUUGUAUUACGGCGAGUUGGAAUUCACCAAGGAUUUCCCAUACAUUCCUCCGCAUAUUCUUAUGUACACACCAAAUGGAAGAUUCAUGCCUGGUGAACGAAUUUGUGUUUCUAUUUCGGCAUUUCAUCCUGCUAAUUGGGAUCCGUCGUGGACUGUCGGAGCAUUUCUGCAUUGCUUCGCCAAUUUCAUGAUGUUCGACGAAAAAGGAAUGGGUAUGGGCGCUAUAGGAAGCUCGGCGGAGCAGAAACGUGUCUUCGCAAAGCAGUCGAUGUUGUACAAUAAGACAGUAUGCUUUGACCUCUUUAAAAUUUUUCUGAACAGUUGCUCAUUUUUCUCCAGAUUUCAAACUAUUUUUUUUCAGUUUCCCCUAGCUGCAUAAGCAGAAAUUUGGAUUUACUUCUCAUGACUUUAUAUGAGUAAGUAGGAAAUUACGAAGCUUAUGCCAAGUCAGCGGUUCAUCCGCUGCCCUCAACAAACUAGCUUACCGACUAGCGUGAACAAAAAUUUCAUGAAAGCAUUUGGUGAAAAACCUUUUGGUCCAGAGGAUUCGGAAGAUAAAGACCAAGCAAGUACUACCGUUGAAACAGAUGACGAGGAAGAAAGUGAAUUAUCAAGCUUUUCUGAAUCUGAGGAUGAGAGAUUUCACAACCUUUUAACAUGGAAAUUCUAGUUCAGUAGGAGAUCGCUGAUCGAGAUGGGCAAAAGAAUAUUGUUAAAAUAAAUUUAAAUUGUGAGAAAACGCUUCUCAAACUGUAACCGAACUUCUAACUUUGGUGCUUAUUGAAAUUGAACUUUCAUUAGUACAUUAUUUGGUGCUUACCUCUGUUUUGAAUAUUCUACGAUUUACUGGCGGGGAUUACCCAUCCUUUGCUUCCAUUUACUUUUCCCCGAC